AUGUCAGGGACGCUGCCUCCGGCAGCAUAUGACACAAGUCACGUCACUCAAUUCGAGAAAUAUGUCCAGCUUCCCGAGAAGUACCUCCACAACAACCAGCCCGCCCAUACUCUGGCCUAUCUCACAGCACUUCACGUGCACACAAUUUCAACGAUUCCGUACGAGAACCUCUCACUGCACUACUCCAAGACCCGUGUAGUGGACCUGGAUCCGCAGCGGCUUUUUCAGAAACUGGUCACCGAUGGCCGGGGCCGGGACGGCUACUGCAUGGAAGUCAGCAUCUUCUUCAACCACAUCCUGAGAGCCCUCGGCUUCCAGGCGUACAUGACGGGUGUGAGAAUCCGUCUUCGAAAAGAUGGGGUCCCGAGCGGGGAUCACAUUGGCUGGACGCACAUGGUUAGCAUCGUUGCACUGCCAGAUGGUUCCCAGCACAUGAUCGACGUGGCUUUCGGCGGUGAUGGUGCCACAAAACCGAUACCACUACUUCAUGGACAGGCAGUGCAGAACCUAGGUCCUCAAGAAGUGCGUCUCCUUUGGAUCUACCAAUACCGCAACGGCCCCGAGAGGGAGUGGAACUCAUUUUACGCAUUCUCCGAGUUUGAGUUUCUGCAGCCAGACUUCAAGGUGAUGAACUGGUACACGAGCACAUCUCCCGACUCCUUCCAACGACUCACGCCACUGGUUGUGAAGUUCCUGAGAGGGAAGAAGGACGUGGACGCUGGGAACCCGGACGCGGAUGAGGAGAUUGUCGGUAAGCGGAUGCUGGCGGUGGCGACUGUCAAGGAAAACUUGGGAGGCAGAACCCGCAUCGUGCAGGAGUGCAAGACUGAGGAAGAGAGGGUGAAGGCGUUGGCAGAGUGGUUCCAUAUCCGCCUGUCAGAGGAAGAGAGGGUUGGGAUAAGAGGGCAUCGGACGGAGAUUCAAGAGGGAGCAACAUCCUGA